GCAAAAAAUGAGUUUUGGAUUGUUAACUGUCUUAACAUCAAAGCUAUGUAAUACAUACAUGUAUGGAUCGGAGAGCUUCUUCCAACUAAUUCUCUCUCUCUAUAUAUAUGUGCGUCUCUUAAUCAUUUUUCUACAAAAGCUACAUUCAUUUUUGCCCAUACCUUAUAACUACACACAGGAAUCCAUGGCUUCUUCCCCGAAUCACUUUCGUCGUCCAUUAGCCAAUUUCUCUCCAAGCUUGUGGGGUGAACACUUCCUCAAACAUAAUUUUGAUUCUCAGGUUCUGGAAAAACACAAGAAAGAAAUUGAAGGGUUUAAGGAUGAAGUGAGAAGUCAACUAUCUGGUAAGGGGAUUCAAAUGAUAGAUACCAUGAAUCUAAUCGAUACACUUGAACGCCUCGGGAUAGCAUAUCAUUUCCAAAAUGAGAUUGCUCACAAGUUGCAAGAAAUUUUCAAUCUCAAUACUAACUACGACGACGAAACCUACGAUCUCUACACGGUCGCGCUGCACUUUCGAUUAUUUAGGCAGCAUGGACAUCAUAUUUCUUGUGAUAUAUUUUGCAAAUGGAUAGACAAAAAUGGAAAUUUCCAAGAGCGGAUUAAAAAUGAUGUAAGGGGUUUGCUGAGCUUGUAUGAAGCAACACAUUUAAGAAUACAUGGAGAAACAAUAUUGGAUGAUGCUUUCACUUUCGCUGCAACGAAUCUAAAAACUACGGUACAUGAUCUUGAACCCUCGUCGCCCCUUCGGAAACAAGUAGUGCAUGCUUUAGUGCAAAGCCUGCACUUGGGUUGUCCAAGAAUCGAAGCUCGAAAUUUUAUUUCUAUUUAUGAGGAGGAUGAAUGCAAUAUCGAUUUCUUGUUGAGGUUUGCCAAAUUUGACUAUAAUCAACUACAAAUAUUGCACAAGGAAGAGCUUCAAGAAGUGUCAAGGUGGUGGAAAGAAUUGAACUUGAUCUCGAAGUAUAGCUAUGCAAGAGAUAGAGUAGUCGAGUGUUUCUUUUGGGCUACGGGAGUGUAUUAUGAACCUCAAUAUUCCCGUGCUCGUGUUAUGCUUGCUAAACUCAUUGCAAUGACAUCGAUAAUGGACGAUACAUAUGAUGCUUAUGGCACGGUUGAAGAGCUAGAGGCUUUUACCAAAGCCAUAGAAAGGUGGGAUAUUUCAGAAAUUGAUCAGCUACCAGAAUAUAUAAAAGACUUCUAUAAAGCUUUUCUUGAACUCUACCAACAAAUCGAAGCUGAGUUAGAGAAAGAAGGAAGAUCUUAUACGAUAACAUACGCCAUUGAUGCUCUCAAAGAAUUGGCAAGAAGCUAUAAUGUUGAGGCAAAAUGGUUCAUACAAGGAGAAUAUCCAUCUUUCACGGAGUAUCUCAACAACGGUCUCAUAAGCUGCAGCUAUUAUUAUCACACCAUGGUGUCUUUAUUGGGGAUGAAGUUUGCGACCAAGAAUGAUUUCGAAUGCCUAUAUCAAAAACCUAAAAUGCUUAUAGCGAGCCUCAUCAAUUGUCGACUCACGGAUGAUGUGGCAAGCUAUGAGGUUGAGAAAGAAAGAGGCCAAAUGGUGACAGGUAUUGAAUGUUACAUGAAAGACAAUGAUGUUACAAAAGAAAGGGCACUGUAUGAACUUGGUGAGAUGGCUAAAAAUGCGUGGAAGGACAUCAACCAAGAGUGCCUGAAAAUGUCUCUGUAUUCGAAAGGCGUCGUUGAGAGGAUCCUCAAUAUGUCUCGACUCAUCGAUGUUGCUUACAAGAACAACCAAGAUGGAUACACACAUCCACAAACGAAUUUGAAACCGCAUAUCUUAGCAUUAUUUGUAAAUCCAGUUCCAAUUUGAAUCUAGCAAAUUGUUAAUUAAUUAGUUGGUGAAAUUUUAUCACAUAUAUUACUAGUCUCAAGUGUAACCACAACUUCAGUUCCAAAUUGUGGUAUAAAUUAAGAUGAAGGCGUGCUUUUUUUAUUUA